CGUGUUGCAGUGACAGGCUUCUCGGGGGCGGGACUCGAUCGCCCAGAUCCACCGAGUUUGUUGCAAAACUUCCGAUGUGCAGCCUGGGAUCGGUCCGCGAAGACGGUUGAAAAAAGACAAGACAUCUGUGCGCGAGCGUGCGUUGGAUACUGUGUGAUCAUGGCAGAUGAAGACGCGGUGGUGGAGGAGGGUAUCAGCCCAGCUCAGAGCCCGCUGGUCGCAGUCACUUUCCAGAGAAACAUCCACAGGAAAGAGAAGUAUCUGGAGGCUGAGCCCAAAGCUCUGGGGAUCACUCAGAUUGGUCUCAGUGCCUUCCAGAUCAUCGGCGUGAGCGUGUUUCCCGCCACUAGCCCAAGUCAUACAGAAAUUGACAUACCCUUCUUCAUUUCAUCUCUGCUGGUCAUAAUAGCUGGGAGUGUGGCCGUAGCAGCACAGAACCUCCAUCUGCCGACGCUGAGAGCCUGUUUGGGGAUGCAGAUUGUGGCGUGCGCGGCCUCCCUCUACAACAUGAUCUGCACUCUGAUUAAAAUAGACACUAUGAUCCCUUACUGCUGGCGUUAUUACUACGACAACAGCUCAAUGGAAUAUGGCGAAAUCUGCCGUCAGAUCGAGAACACCCAGUCCCACUUAUAUGCUGAGGGUAUGCUCAUCGAGGCUGCUCUGCUGGCCAUCUCAGUCACUCUGGCCGCCUACUGCUGCAAGGUGAUCAACUGCUGCACGCCAGCUCCUAAAAUGCCGGUGAUCACUGUACAAGCUCCCCCUGUCCAACAGUGAGGAGACAGAGUGGGGUAAGAGACGAAGAGUGAAGCACCAUCACAAACAAAUGCUACAAUGUUAUAGCUGCACCAAUCAAUAACUCAAUAACUGUAUUAACAAUGAAUGUGUGUAAUGUGAACCCACAGAGAACUGUCCCCACCUCUGAAGUUACCCUCUGCUCUGUGGAGCCUUUUAACCUUUUUAAAAACUCUUUACUAACACAAACACUUUUCUAAAGUGAUAAUAUAUCAGCGUUGUUUACAGCUUGUUCUACUGCCCCCAGGUGGUUAAAAAAAAAACUUUAAGAAACUUAAAGAAAGAACUACAGUAUUUUUGUAUAUUAUCUUACAUCUUAUUCAUUAGGUAGGUUUUUGAAUGUACUCAUUCUCUAAUGUGAAGUUUACACAAGAGACAAUUACAUGGUAAUGUUAAAUGUGACUAACAACUAUGGAUAAUAAAAAGUUAACAGAUAGAAAAAGAGUUGAGCAGUUGUUGGUAUUUUUUGUGUUUUUACCUAAUAAAUGGAAAAAGUUAAAGACAUGU